GUGCCAAUUAUUACAAUGGCUACACCUGAGCCUACAAAACACCUCAAUUCUUAAAAACGCCUAAUUUUUGAUAAGGAAAUAAGUGAUUUUGAUCUGCAAAAUAAUUAUAUAUUUUGAUUGAGUUAAAAUAUAAACGAAACUGUAGCUUCUUGCUUCUACAACAUAGGGAAAUUGUGUGACAAACAAGUUGAUACUCAAAGUCUCUAGCUUUUUAUAAUUAUUGUAUUUUAAGAAUCUUAUUUAUUUUAAUUAAGUUAGAGAUAAUAUAUUUAUAAAUAAUUGUAAUUUACUAACCAGUUCAUUUUAAUCUUCUUUAAUCUCGCAUUUUUAUUUAAUAAAUAACGGUGGUAGUAAAUAGUUACUAUUUUAAAUACGUCUAUAAAUUAUCAUGGAACCGUAUCACGUAAUAUCGCGGUUUCGUAUCAAACAAGUCGAAGUUGGCGGUAUUCAGUAACAAAUUGCGAUAUUUCCUCUGUGAAUCUCGUAAAAGAUGCCAGAAAACGUGCUAAAUGGAGACCAUGUUGAUGUGAAAGGUGCUAACUGUGAAACUCAAAACAACGAAGAAGAUAAUAAUGAAGAAGAAUUACAGUUCGAACCAAUAGUUUCUUUACCAUUAAUAGAAGUAUCCACCAAUGAGGAAGAUGAAGUAGAAAUGAUAAAAAUGAGAGCAAAAUUGUAUCGCUAUGAUUCUUCUAGCAAUCCAGCAGAAUGGAAGGAACGUGGAACAGGGGAAGUAAAAUUAUUAAGGCAUAAAAUAAAAAACACAGUGAGAGUUGUAAUGCGUAGAGAUAAAACAUUUAAAAUUUGUGCUAAUCAUUUUGUAACACCUUGGAUGGAAUUGAAGCCUAAUUGUGGCAGUGACAGAGCAUGGGUAUGGAGUGUACUCGCCGAUUAUGCAGAUGAACAACUUAAACCUGAACUUCUUGCGAUAAGAUUUGCAAAUGCAGAAAAUGCAACUGUUUGGAAGGAAGCAUUUGAAAAGGCAAAGAAGAUAGUAGGAUCUGAAUGUGAAAUAUAUGCUGGUAAAAAUAAUGCAGAUGAAAAACAUGUUGAGAGUGAUAGUGAACCUUCUAGUGAUGUAAGUUAUAGUGAAAGUACUGACAAUGAAGAACAAGCUAAAAAAUUAGCAGCAGCAGAUUCAGAGGUUCAAAACAAUGAUACUGAAACAGUAGAAGAUUUUAGAAAGGAAACCAAAGAUGGAGAAAGCUUGGAUAAAGUAUCAAAAGAACUUGAACAAUUACAAGUUAAGGAUAUAGAGAAAGACAAGUAAAAAAUUACAUCUCAGUGCAUCAAAGGUGUUAAUUAUAAGUGCACAUUCCAACAUAAACGUAAAUGCAUGCAUAUGCUUAAAUGUUUGA